AUGGACAAGACAGAAGACGCUCGAGAUUCUUUCACUCUUGUCGACAUUUUACGGUUUAUUAGUGGGCUCCUACUUCUAAAUGCAUUUGCAUCGUGGUGGUUCACCUCUUCGUCGACCUGGGGAUAUAAUGGUAAAUGGAUAAAUCCUCGCUACCUAUCUCACAUAGUAACAGGCAAUAUGGUCAAUUUGACACUCGACGAAUUGGCAUCCUACAAAGGCGAGGAUCCCAAUCUUCCAAUAUACAUUGCAAUCAACGGAUCGGUAUACGACGUGACAUGUGCACCCGAGAUUUAUGGCCCAAAAGGUCCAUACAGAUUCUUCAGUGGAAGAGAUUCAGCGAGAGCUUUCGUUACUGGAUGUUUCCAGAACCCCGAAGAAUUCACGUAUGAUCUUCGUGGCCUAGACCUGGAAGAGGCUGCUACAGAUAUCCGGAAUUGGCAACGAUACUUCGAAAAGAGUAGCAGAUACUGGUAUGUCGGAAGCGUUGAACACGAACCACUCACAGGAGAACCUCCAGCACCAUGCAAGCAUAACAAAUACCCUAAUCAUCAAUGA